GCAAAGUGUGGCUGAAAUAGCCAAAUCCACAAAUUUGAAGCGGUAUCCACAUACUUUUGUAUACAUUGUGUAGAUAUCUGAUAGAUAGAUAAUCCCAUAAUGAACAAACAGAGCAUCGUGAGUUACCUUAAAGUCGUGACGCCAGAUUGCCAUGGAAACUAGACUACGCUCGCAGCUGAGAGAAAACAGUGCGCUGUAGAACUUCAGUUUGUUUCCUUAAACGCCACUGUCGUGUUGUGUUGGACAGCGAUCAAGCACGAACCUACAUCUUCUAAAGAUAAUAGCGCACUGUGCACGGUGUCUACGGGUCGGAGAUCCCAAUUAAACCUGUUGGAUAUCACUUAUUGUUGUUUUGCUUACUAUACUUUGGCUAAGUUCUACCCUUUCCUCAGCAGUCAGUUAAACCCAAGAUAAUUGAUUUCCAAAUGGAUAGAAGAUUCCACAACUUGACUCUGGAGCAAGUCCAGACAUUGGACCAGGUGUUGACAGAGGUGAUCCCCAUCCACGGCAGAGGGAACUUCCCCACCCUGGAGGUGAGACCCAAGGACAUCAUCCACGUAGUGAAGGACCGGCUGUUGGAGAGGGAGAUCAGGGUCAGGGACAUUCGCCUCAAUGGCUCAACCGCCAGCCAUGUGAUGGUCAGGGACAACGGCACGGGCUACAGAGACCUGGACAUCAUCUUUGGAGUGGAGCUGCCCAGACAGGAGGACUUCCAGGUCAUCAAGGAGGUGGUGCUGGGCAGCCUGCGUGACCUCCUUCCCCGUGGGGUUAACAGACGCAAGAUCACCUGCCUCACCAUGAAGGAGGCCUAUGUGCAGAAGAUGGUCAAGGUCUUCAAUGAGCACGACCGCUGGAGCCUUAUCUCACUGUCCAAUAACAGGGGUAAAACAGUGGGGCUCAGGUUUGUAAGUUCCCUGCGACGCCAGUUUGAGUUCAGUGUGGACUCCUUCCAGAUUAUAUUGGACCGUAUGCUGGAGUCAUACUGGGAGACUGAGAGGAGGCAAGGAGUUCAGUGUGAGGGAUUGGAGUCACACAAUGGCAUUGUGUUACAUCCGGAUAGAGGGGCAGAGAAAACCAUAAUGGUACCCCAGUAUUCUUCCACCUCUAAGAAUCUAAAAGAGGAUAAAGACAAAGAUUCAAUGAUGACUCGCUUCGCUGACAGUCCGUGCCACAGUGAACAGGUUGUUGUUCAAGAGGAAGAAUCAUCGCAUCCGAUGAAUGUGCAUGCAACUGGAAAACAAGAGCCACUGGAAGUGUUAGAGAUAGAGAGAGCAGAGCUAGACCUGGGAACUCUGGAGAAUGAGGAAGAGGUAGAAGAGGAGGAGGUGGUAAAGGUUGAUACAGUACUUGAGAUAAGAGUAGAGGAAAAAAUGCCAUUUGUUCAGAAUACAGAUUAUCCCUCACUUAUAUCCUCCUCCAAAAUAUUGACAGACGUGAUGGAACCUCUGGUGUCAAAUAUAUCUGUAAACCCUCAAAGUAACAUAGAGGAGUCACUGAUCUCUGAGUCAAAAGACAUCAAGCCAUCCCCAGUGUUGCUCACAGAGAACUCAGUGCAAGAGCAACUUCAAGUGAUGCCUCAAUCCACAUCCCAAGCCUGCACUGCUGUCACACAAAACGUACACCGUGAACAUUUAUUCCCUCCGCCAGCCAAGAAAACCUGUAACACAUCCCAGGGAAUUGUCCCUGACUAUUGCCCCUCACCUAAACCACCAAGGAAGAUGUCACGGAAGAUGAGCAGCAUCUCAUCACUCCCUGAAAAAUGGUCUUUGUUAAAAGAUUUGUCCGAUCUUACAACACAGCUGUUUGAGCCUAUAGAAAUACUUCCAACACCUCAACCAAAUCCCUCUUUAUUAGACACUGAUCAAGGCCAUUAUUCAUCUUCCUCAGGGUCCAGACAAAGGAACUCAGAGGGCACUAAAACAUUCACAGACCACCUUACUCCAGCCGUUUCAUCCCAGGAUAAAACCAUCUCACCCCGCACCGUAGAACAAAUAGUUAGGGUGAAAUAUUCAAAAAAGCCUCCGGACUCAGAAGCUUCUGAGGAAUCAUUGUCCCUUCAAACAACAGGGAACCGAGUCCCAGAGACUGAACCUGCUGCUACUCAGGAACUAGCACCACCAGAGGCAACCACGGUCUGUCCACGGGCAGGGGAAAGUUCGGCCCCAAGGGACAAGGCCAGCAUCACUGUGGUAGCAGAGUGCAUGUACGGGGACUUUGAGCAAGCCAUGGAUCAUUUGCGUUUCCGACUGAUUGCCACCCAUAACCCAGAGGAGAUCAGAGGAGGUGGGCUGCUGAAGUAUAGUGACCUGCUGGUGAGGAACUUCAGGCCAGCCAGCGAGACAGAGAUCAAGUCCCUAGAGCGCUAUAUGUGCUCCCGCUUCUUUAUUGACUUUCCUGACGUUAGCGAGCAGCAGCGCAAGAUCGAGGCCUACCUGCGCUGCCACUUUGUUGGCGACGAGGAGACGAGCAAGUAUGACUAUCUGAUGACCCUGCGUCGGGUGAUAGAUGAGAGUACAGUGUGUCUGAUGGGACAUGAGAGGAGGCAGACACUCAAUAUGAUCACUGUCCUGGCCCUGAGGGUGCUGGGGGAACAGAACGCCAUCCCCAACACUGCCAACGUCACCUGCUUCUACCAGCCUGCGCCAUACAUGGCUGACCCCAUAUUCAGCAGCUACUACAUUCCCCAGGCUGCACAGCCACCCCUGCUUUACCACCCCUACCCUUUACAUGUCCACAUGCAGACCGGCCUGGUGUAGCCCCAGCAUGUGAGUGCGGGAGAGCAUGCGGGCUGCGUUCUAUAUGGUUCUACUCUGUAACCAGAGGCACAAAAUUGAUUUUAAAAAGAAAAGAGGCAUGAGCGCAAUUUGUUCAAUGCUUUGAAAAGACGCUGCCUAUGACGUGAGACAGCGGACACAAAAUGGGGGAGAGUUGGAGCUUUAUCUUUGGAUAAAGGCCACCACGUCACUCUUUUCAAAUGAAAAAUGUUUUGAAUGGGAGAGAGAAUAGCUGAUUACUCACUGAGAGCAAGCUGCAAGGGAAAAUGUCACAGAGGAAAAUUACAGUUUACGUGGCUGUUUCAGCAGGCUAGGCUUUGUCUUUGUUACCUUCCUGUAACACGGGGAUCCUGUACUGUCAAUGAAUGACAAAGUUGUUCAAACAUGACAGAAAUACUGUAUGAACAGUUGACUGAACGUUUCUUAUCAUAUACUAUAGUGAGGUAGAGGACGGGCAAGUAUGCUGCAGUGGAUGAAGGUAUAAACACUUCAAAAUAAUUAGACAUACCAUAGUUGAUGUAGACCAAAAUCACAACACAUGUUCAAAUUAGACAGUAUCUGAUCAAGCCAAACUACUGUGCUGUGUUUUAGAGAAAACCUGAUGAGUUGUUCUUCACGAAUGUAAGUGAAUUAACUUUCUUGAAGUGAUCAUACUUGUGUUUAAAGGUAGACUCAGCGAAAUGACGUUGCCACGAGCAGCACCACAGGGACAGCAGGUAGCCUAGUGGUUAGAGCAUUGGGCCAGUAACCGAAAGGUUGCUGGAUCGAUUCCCUGAGCUGACAAGGUAGAAAGCUGUCGUUCUGCCCCUGAACAAGGCAGGUAACCCAUUGUUCCCUGGCAGGCCAUCAUUGUAAAUAAGAAUUUGUUCUUAACUGACUUGCCUAUUUAAAUAAAGGUUAAAUUUAAAACAUUGUCCCCCAAAAAAUAUUGAGAUGCAAGACUACUGUAUUUGUGCAUGUGCACAUGUUCGCUUUAAGCUGUUCACAGCAUUGUAGCCAGGGCACUGAAACACCAGAGAAGUUGAGCCUCAAGCUUUAACGCUCUUAGUUCUUGCGGGAAAUUGACCCACUAUGCUGUCAUAUCGCUGAGUCUACCUUUAAUAUUGUAUUGUAACGUCACAAAUCUUGAUAUGACAUCAUCAACUGUGCUUAGGUCUUGGGAAAAUGUGGCUUAGAGUACAUAUUGAUUUGUUUUCUGGGUGUUAAUGUCUGAUUGCAUCCUUGGUAAAUGUUUGAGUGUCUAAUGAGUGACUACAUGAAUUUAUCAGGGCGAAAUCAGGGUUGUUAAGAUGAAAGACAGAUUCCAAAGUGUUUUAAACUAUCACCCCUCAGUUUCGUUAUGUGGUAGUAUUUAGAACUAACAGUUAGACAUCUAAGUUGUAACUGUGAGACAGAAUGACACUCACAGCAAAAGUAGAUUCACUGUUACUUAUUUCUCAGUGUGCCAUUUCAUUGUAAAAGAUAACCAAGAGGUAAUUUGUAAAAGACCCACAACAUGUAUUUUCAGCACAGGCGUGGCAGUAGGUGAGUUACCCUAACGGACAAUUGAAUCUGAAGCACAAUGUAAACAUACGCAACCUUGUUGUUAAUUAGUGAACUAUAGAUGUAUCGGAUGUAUGUGUGAUUCACCAAUUCAAUAUAGAUGAAAGUCUAAUGUAAAUGUAACUGUGCAGUAAUCUGGUACUUCUCAUAUACCAUAAGCGUUGAUUGUAAAUUGUAAUACAGUAAUCUAUGUUGGGAUUCUUUAGGUAUAAUCAUUUUGUCUCAUUAUGGGAACUUUAUCUGGAGCUACUGUCAUGUAUCGGUAGAGAAACAUCAUGCAUUUUCAUGAUCUCUGUAACCCCAUCCAUAUUCAAAUAUUUGCUCAAUUUGUAUGGUCAUUUUGAUAAUAAACCUCAUACAUUUAAA